AAGAAGAGUUAAAUAGCCAGCAUUUUUUCUCCUGGAGUCCUAAGCAACUUGAUUUUUAAACUGCUCUCUAAAUAAGGAAUCUAUGUUAAUUUGGCAGGGACUGCUGCCACAUUUAAUUGCAGGAGGCGCAGCGGGAAGAAUGGUGGGCGUGGAUAACCCAGAAGCGGCUGGAGGCCCGCCCCCUCCCCAGAAUUCACCGCGGCCGCGGCCUGCGGGAACUCUUCUCGCCAGCUCCAUCCCGGCUCCGAAGAGGGUCCGACUAUGGACGGGCUCCGGGCUAGCGCAGGGCUGCUGAGGCGCGGGCGGCUGAGGCGCCGGCGCCAGUCCCAGCCACACAGCGGAUCGGUCCUGGCCCUGCCCCUGAGGCCGAGGAAGAUCCGAAGGCAGCUGAGGAGAAGUGUCGCGUCCCGCAUGGCCGCGCUGGUGCGGCGGCAGGACCACACCUACUACCAGGGUCUUUUCUCCACCGCCGACCUAGACUCCAUGCUGCGCAACGAGGAGGUGCAGUUCGGCCAGCACCUGGACGCCGCGCGCUAUGUCAACGGGCGGCGCGAGACCUUGAACCCGCCCGGCCGCGCCCUGCCUGCCGCCGCGUGGUCCCUGUACCAGGCCGGCUGCUCCCUGCGCCUCCUCUGUCCGCAGGCUUUCUCGACCACCGUGUGGCAGUUUUUGGCUGUACUCCAGGAGCAGUUUGGGAGCAUGGCAGGUUCCAACGUUUACCUCACGCCACCCAACUCGCAGGGCUUUGCCCCUCACUACGACGACAUCGAGGCUUUCGUGCUGCAACUGGAAGGUAGGAAGCUCUGGCGGGUCUACCGACCCCGGGUCCCGACUGAGGAACUGGCCCUGACAUCCAGCCCCAACUUCAGCCAGGACGACCUCGGUGAGCCGGUGCUGCAGACGGUGCUGGAACCGGGAGAUCUGCUCUAUUUUCCUCGAGGUUUCAUUCAUCAAGCAGAAUGCCAGGACGGAGUGCAUUCUCUGCACCUGACCUUGUCCACAUACCAGCGCAAUACCUGGGGCGACUUCCUGGAGGCCGUACUGCCUCUGGCAGUGCAGGCUGCAAUGGAGGAAAAUGUGGAGUUUCGUAGGGGACUGCCCCGAGACUUCAUGGAUUACAUGGGGGCCCAGCAUUCGGAUUCUAAGGAUCCGCGGAGAACGGCUUUCAUGGAGAAGGUGCGGGUCUUGGUUGCCCGCUUGGGACAUUUUGCCCCUGUCGAUGCUGUGGCUGACCAGCGAGCCAAAGACUUCAUCCACGAUUCUCUGCCCCCUGUGUUGACUGAUAGGGAGAGGGCACUAAGUGUUUAUGGGCUUCCAGUUCGCUGGGAGGCUGGAGAACCUGUAAACGUGGGGGCCCAGUUGACCACAGAAACAGAAGUGCACAUGCUUCAGGAUGGUAUAGCUCGGCUGGUGGGUGAAGGAGGCCAUUUGUUUCUCUAUUAUACAGUGGAAAACUCCCGGGUUUAUCAUCUAGAAGAGCCCAAGUGCUUGGAGAUAUACCCCCAGCAAGCAGAUGCCAUGGAACUCUUGCUCCGCUCUUACCCAGAGUUUGUCAGAGUAGGAGACUUGCCCUGUGACAGUGUGGAGGACCAGCUUUCCUUGGCAACUGUGUUAUAUGAUAAGGGGCUGUUGCUCACCAAGAUGCCUCUAACCUGAACUAGUCUUGUGUCAAUUACUGGUAACAAGAUGGGAGUGAUCCUCUCCUACCACCGCCACCACCUUUUUGGGGGUAAAAACUCAUGUUCUUACCUUGAUAACCAUCAGUGUGCUUACAUUUACCUUUAUGACUGCUUCAGUGUCACAGAACUCAGACGGUCUUCCUGGAACCACCACCUCGUCUAGGCACAAAAGUAAAAAAGCCAAAGUUGGAGGUGGAAAACGGAGCUAUUUCUGCAGAAGUAACUUUGACUCUAGAUCAUUUCAGAGUACCGACUUCACCCUUAGGCUUUAGUAUACUGUGUAGCAUUUGCUGUGUUAGUCUGCUUGAGACAUUAGAAGUUUUUAUUUGGAAUUUGCAUCCUUCAUUUGAGUUCUUUUUCAUCAGUUUUGGGGGAGGGUUUGAUUGGAAGAAACUUCCCCAAAUCUGGCAAGUGAAUAUUCUCAUGGUUGGUGGAAAAGAGCCUGGUGUACCAGAGAGAGCACUGGACUUGGAACCAGAAGACCUGGGUUUGGGGUGGUGGCUGGUAGGCAGCUGGCUGAAUGACCUGAGGCUGCUGCUACGCCUGGGCACACUGAUUUUGGCACCGGCUGCCAAACAAGCUGCCCGCCGAACUGCCAUGAAGUCAUCAGAGAAGCAGUUCAGGAAGCUGGGGAGAAGCUUGGCGGUCAUGAGUUUGAGCCCACGAAUCAGGGAGAGGGCUUCCACACGCUCGUGGGGAUUUCCUUGCCCCAGCUUGACUCUGUAAAGCACAGGUGCUGUUAUUUUCCCUCCUUAAACUUUUGAUGCCCCCCCACCCACCCAGUGUCCUCAGGAUGGAAUCCAACUUCUGUAGGCACUCUAUUAUCCAUUCCCACCCUUUCCUAGUCAGCCUUAUGCCCAUUAGGUUGUUUCACUGGGUAGAGACCUCAACUGUUUAUUUACUUGAAUCCCUAUUACCUAACAUACAUUAGGCACUAAAUUAUGUUGGAUGACUGAAUAAAGGAAACUUUAAACAUGCA